AUGUCGACAACGAGAGUGAGCAACAAUGGUCGACGUCGAUGCACCAGAGCCUGUGAUAAUUGCAAGCGGCGCAAAGAGCGAUGCAAUGGUCUCCAGCCAUGCCAACGCUGCGUGGAAAGAAAAGUCCACCAAGACUGCAGCAUCUCCCAGCCAGCGUCCAAGUCGCAAUUAAAUCGCGCCCCAGAUCCCGAACCAGUGGAAUCUAGGCAGUCCGUCGAACAAAAUGUUCGCCCAGCGCAAGAGAGAAGAUUACCGUACUUGGGCAAUAGAACCCGCCGUUUUUUGUCACCAAGACCGGUCAAAGAUGCACGAGAGAAGUACAUAUCUGCCGGAGAUGCGUCGAAUAUGGCGUUUCUGGAUCGGAUAUGGCGCAUCGCCCAGGCCGAUCUUGGACAUGGAGCUUUGGCCGACAACCCACCACAAAGCGACGAGGCAGAAACGCAUUGCAUUGGCGAUCAAAAUCUCAUUGAGCUUGCGACAAAUCCGCCAUCAAAACCGAAGCUUGAAGAUGCAAACUAUCUCCUCGGAUGGUACCAACUGGUCGCGAGUUGCGUCCUCGAUAUCUUUGACGCAACAGAGCUGAGCGAGGGUUUGAUUCGGUGGUUGGACAGCCCCCCAGAGCAGCUUGACGCGGCAACCGCAUCUUACUAUCUUGUUCUGGCUAUUGGUGCACAGUCAUGCCCCGAUGACAGAGACGAACUUGCCGAGAGAUAUUUCGGCUACGGUCGAUAUGUGACUUUGACGGCUCUUACAGAAGACCCGAGCCUCUCGACUAUCACAUGCUGUUCUCUCAUCACCAUGUAUCUCCUAGCUGGGUCUCGCAUGAAUCCCGCUUUCAUGUAUCUUGGACUUGCAGUCCGAGCGGCAUAUGCGUUGGGCCUCCAUAGACGGGACAUAUCAGCGCUCUACUCCCCGUCAGAAUACCGACACCGGGAGCGUCUUUGGAAAACUAUGCGAGUCCUCGACCUCUUCCUAAGCGCGUCGCUGGGUCGGCCGCCCUCCACUUCCGAAACUCGCGAUACGGCGGCCAAAGACAAUUACUCAGCAUCGAAUGACCUUUGUUUAAUAUUUGAACACAUCCUGACAAGGGUUUACGCAAAUCGCACCGUCUCUCCGGAAGCUCUGAGCGGCAUUAGUGAUCUCCAUCGUGGAUGGACUGGUCGUUUCCUCGGCGGGCUCGAGACUGAUGGUAUCCAAGUCGACGAACACCUCCACACGCAAAUGGGGCAAAUGCCCAAUAUUGGUCUAAUUCACCUAAAAGAGGCUUACUACUGGACUAUUAUGCUACUAUCUCAGCCAUUUCUUGUCGAGAUGGUGUCCGCGCACACUGCCAAGGAGAAGAGUUAUUGUGACGCGUCAAACAGAGAGCGGACCUCGUCGACCUUGUCUUUGCCCAGAGAGAUUCUCGCCCAAGCAUGUGUGGACUCCGCCAUACGAACCAUCGACCUGACUGAGAUUUUUCUCUCUAGCAAGCACCCGCUAAAAAGGCUACCCUUUGUUGUCAACUCUGUGUUCGUCUCUGCCCUGGUACUAUGCCUCGCACUCUUUGGCGACCUAGAUCAGUCAUUCCCACUGGAGCGCAGCCUAAAGAAUGCUCAAAGUCUGCUCCAGCAUUUCGCCAGUCAUGAUUCUGCAACGAAGAAACAUGUUUUGAUCGUUGAUGGUCUUCGGGAAGCUUGCGAUACCUACAUUGAGCUCCGGGCUCGUCGCAGAAUGGAACGCCAAAUUCACGUCAUCGGCGGUCUAUUUGGC